AUGGGCAACCAAAUAUCCAAGAUGAUGGGCAAGAUCUUCGGGUCGAGAGAAAUGCGACUGUUGAUGCUGGGUCUUGAUGCUGCUGGCAAGACAACAAUCCUGUACAAACUGAAACUGAAUCAAGACGUCACAACGAUCCCCACGGUUGGCUUCAACGUCGAGACCGUCACCUACAAGAAUGUCAAGUUCAAUGUCUGGGAUGUUGGUGGACAGGACAAGAUUCGGCCGUUAUGGCGACACUACUUUUCCGGCACACAAGGUCUGAUAUUUGUGAUUGACUCCAACGACCGAGCACGCAUCGACGAGGCCAGGCAAGAACUCCACAGGAUUAUUCUGGACCGAGAAAUGAAAGAGGCGCUAUUGUUGGUGUUUGCCAACAAGCAAGACAUCCCAGGCUCCAUGACCCCUACUGAGGUGACUGAGAAGCUGCGACUGGGCCAAUUGAAGGACCGGACUUGGUAUGUGGUUCCUAGCUGUGCCACCACCGGAGAAGGACUGCUCGAAGGAUUGAGCUGGCUCUCGACGAAUGUCAAGGCGCAACCAAGGCCCGCACCUGUCAAAUAA